ACUUACACACAUAUAUUAAACAAUUAGGAUAUUUAACAAAAAAAUCAAGGCCAUAAAUGAACUACGAAACGUAACUUCCGGUAAUCUCUUCUAUACUUCCGGUUAAGCGGAAAACAUGGCAGCGCCUGUGUCAGUCCAUCUGGAGUUUGGAGGAGGAGCAGAGCUGCUUUUCGAUGGCGUGAAAGAACACCAUGUGACCCUUCCAAGCCAACCAGAACCUUGGGGCAUGAGGCAGCUGCUGGUGUGGAUCCAAAGGAACCUGCUGAAGGAGCGACCCGAGCUCUUUGUUCAGGGAGACUCAGUGAGGCCUGGGAUUCUGGUGCUUAUCAAUGACGCUGACUGGGAGCUGAUGGGAGAACUGGAUUAUCAGCUGCAAGAUCAGGACAACGUUGUGUUUAUUUCUACUCUUCAUGGAGGAUAAGGAGAAAAAUAAAAGUGGAAUAUAAAUGGACUUUAA